AUGGCUGGUAUUAUCGGAAUCUAUGGCUUAGUCGUUUCCGUUCUUAUCGCAAAUGAUCUGAAGCAGAGUCUGCUCUUAUAUACCGGCUUGAUCCAGCUUGGUGCGGGUCUCUCCGUCGGCCUCGCCGGCUUAGCAUCUGGUUUUGCUAUUGGCAUCGUUGGUGAUGCCAGAGUUCGUGGAACAGCUCAGCAGCCAAACUGUCUGUAUGGUCUAAUCGUCGCCCUUCUCAUGAACUCACGUGCGAGAGAUGCCGAGGAUUGCUAA